AUGACGAGCAUGGAUUAUAGGGCAAAAAUCGAACAUGACCCCCAGACGGGCAUUGUGUCGCUGACGAUCUCGCAGAUGUUCAACGACGACGUCGGCGAGUACACUUGUCGUGCCAGCAACAUCCAUGGAGAGGCGACAUCCGCUGCUCAGUUGCUUAUCCGCGAACAAUACGAACGAUGGUUUGCUGAGGAGCAGAGCCGACUCACUCGCGACCGACGACAAGCACAGCAACCAGCUCGUCCCAGUAGUGUGGCGCAGAAGCAGAUGAUGAAACAGGGAUACAACUAUGGAACUGAUCAGGAAAGCAAUGAUACGUCGCCAUGGGGUGUUUCGGAAUCGGAAACCGAGCCAGAACUGGCAAUGUUGGACAAAGGAGCACCGGGUACCCGUCCGAUCAUUCGUGUGCCUCCACGAGGAUUGCGUCUCACCGAAGGCACCGAUGCCAUCCUUCAAUCGAACAUCGUCGGUAAUCCAAAACCAAAGAUCUACUGGCUUUUCAAUGGCGUACCAAUUCGAAUCAGUGGACCACGAAUUCAGAUGACGUAUAGAGGUGAGGCCUUCGAAAUCUCUUGUGUACACAGAUUACAAACCGCCGCAUACAAACCGUCGUAUAAGUUGUGA